AUGGUACUGACGGAGUCGUCACGAUCCUCCAUUUUUACCAACCCCAACCGUCGGUCGAGGAAGGGUUGCAUCGCGUGCCGCACCCGGCGCAAGAAAUGCGAUGAAGCUCGUCCAUCCUGUUCCGCCUGUGACGACCGUGGCAUAGAAUGCUUGUACCCAAGCAAGUCGUCCAAUGGGCAGCCUCAGCCUUCUACCCAGAUUCUUCCCCGAAAAAGUCAGACAGUCCACAGCGAUGAUGUGGCACCAAGCGACCCUCCGUAUCUUGACUUCUGUUCUCCGUCUUCGAUCGAAGGAGCCGGUCUUCAUCACUUCCGAAGCCACUUCCUGGAUCUGAUAUCAAUCUCGUACCACGGUCAGGACGAUCCGUUUCUUACCUUGAUUCUGCCAAUGGUGUCCGAUUCUCCCCUUGUUCGCUUGGCAAUUGAGGCAACAGCAACAGCACAUCUGCAUAAUCUCGGGGUCGCUUCUACCGAGGAACCAAUGCGCUUACAGUCCAAAGCCCUUAGACAUCUAUCCGAUGCCAUAUCAGUGGUACAUACGCCAAAUGUCACAACCACAUUCCAAGAAGAGCUCGCUUCAGGAAUUAUGAUCCUUGUCUACUAUGAGACCACGUCUGGCCUUUCUGCUGAGACGGCUCGCUGGCAUCUUUCGGCAAUAUAUACCAUCCUAACUACACUAUCUGUAAGCAAUCAUGAAUCCCGACGUUUAGACUUUCUAAAACGACUAUUUGCCUAUUUUGAUAUCUUUGUAUCACUAUCUCUGGGCUUAGAGCCUUUGGCUAAUGCCCGAAUGUUUGAAUCCUUGCUCGAUACAGACUUCUGUCCUGCAUUCGGGUAUGCAAUCACCCUUUACCCCUGCCUCCAUUCUCUUGCCAGCCUACAGGCAUGGCAGCAUGAAAUACAAGACUCCGGCCUGGACUUCUAUAGCCAAUCCGUGCAUGAGCUCGAACAAAGGCUUCAGUCUUGGCAGCCUCCCAUCGUUCAGCCGUGCAAAACCGGGAUAAGAAACUCGCGAGUCUGGACGACGGGUGUUCCCAUAACAUUCCAACAGAAUUUGACUCACGAGCGUCUCCUCCAAACCGCGUUAGCUUUCCGAUCAGCAGCUCUCCUCGUUGUCUCCGAGAAACUGCUCCCCUUGGCCUCUCCAACGUCUCCGCAGCCAUCAUCUGCUUCCCAUACACACUACACCGAGCUCUUCGACCAUCUCCUCCGCCUGAAUGUUCUUGCUCUCACUUCCCCACCUCAAACCACGGCUUCAUCCAAUGAGCUCCCAUCAGACUCCCGCUUGACUGCUAGAAACACAUCCCUUCAAUCUCCACCAACGGUGCCCUCCGCCUUCACGACCUUAGCAUCAACCUGCGCGCCUCUCACUACCAUCACCUGGCCACUCUAUACCGCCGCGCUGUACGCCAAAACCGCAUCAGACCGCGCCGUGCUGUCCAGCAUCUUCAAACGCGUAUACCAGCGGCACCGAAUGGGUGUCGUCGGCGCGGCGAAAAGGCAUGUGGAGGAUGUAUGGAGGAUGGACGAAGGCUACAGCACGAUGAAUCCACCACUGCUGGCUUGA